UUACUGUCAGAAUCUUAGGAAAGGUAAAUGCCUGGAGGAGGAGGGUGAGCUGGUUGAUUGCCAAUCUCCAUUUUCAUCCUUCACCCAAUUCACCUUCACAACUUCAUGCUUGCCCUACCUUGUAAGUCACCGCCCAUCUCUCCACCAUUCCUUCAUGAGCAAUGAAAUUUAGGAUGCCAACCAGGCAGCUGAAGCUGGGACAGAAGUGAAAUGUAGUGGACAAACAUCUGGACUCAUCAGGAGAAACUCUGGUUUGAAUCUUGCCUCUGGUGCUUGCUGGCUGAGUGACCACAGUUCCUAAGUCCUAAAGAUUGAGUCUACAGUGGCCAAAGGUCAGGACCAUGCUGGUGAUCAGCAUGUUAUUUGGCAUUUGAUUGGUUUGGAGUGAAGGCUGUAGAGACCACUAGCACCGAUCUGAAUUACUGAAUAUAAUACUACCAUGGAAAAAAACAAGAGUGAUCUGCUUUCGCGGAGCAAAAGUGCAUCUGAGGAAACAUUGCACUCGAGCAAUGAGGGCGAAGACCCAUUCCGAGGAAUGGAGCCUUACCUAGUACGGAGACUCUCCUGCCGUAAUGUCCAGCUUCCUCCCCUGGCCUUCAGACAGCUGGAGCAAGCAGACUUAAAAAGUGAGUCAGAGAACCUACAAAGGCCCACCAGUCUUCCACUGAAGAUUCUUCCACUGAUUGCCAUCACAUCUGCAGAAUCCAGUAGGCAUAUCCAUGACAGAGCCAUGACCGAUUGUGAACUGAGCUGUGGAAGAGGAAUGAAAGAGCCAUGUCUAUACUUGGUGUGAGGUUUUUCACAGUAUCAGCAUGCCAUUUAUGUGACACUGAUAUGACAUUGGUGUGUAAUUUGAUGUUAGUUUGUAUGACAUUGGUGUGUGUGAUUGCUGUGGCAUUGGACAACUACAUGUUGAUCUAAGUGCCACACCCUUUACAUAUCAAUGUCGUGUCAAUCACACACCAGAUUACACAUCAUUAUCAUGCCAAUGUCACAACAGUGUUACAUGCCAAUUGACUGCCAAUGUUAAGCAUCACACCAAUUACAUGCCCAUAUCAUCCCAGUGUUUCAUAAGCAUGCCAAUCAAUGCCAUGCAAAUACCAUACUGAUUUAAAGCACUACACCACUUGCAUGGCAGUGUCACAUAAACUACAGUUAAUUACAUGCCCAUGUCAUGCCAAUUAAAUAAUCACACUGCUUAUACACACAUACCAUGUCAGUUACAUGUCAGUGUCACACCAAUGUCAUGCAAGCA